AACGUCAGUAAGCUUGUGGCAGUAGUGGGGUGGGGGAGUGUACCGCCGACCAGCCAGGCGUCCGCGGUGACAUAAAAGUGAUCCUUGGUGAGACGCGCGGUGGUUUAAAGCUUUGAUAUUGGCGAGAGGUGAUUUAGCCACACCGACACCUGGAUUACAGCGCGGGACUCACCUGGUUCAAGCUCACGAUGGCGGUGCUAAAGGCUGGUGAUGGCGGUGGCCGGGGAGGACGCCGGGAUAACACUCGUCUCCUUCCGCUGCAGUAGGGCCGCCCACCCCCAGCACCCCCGCACCAGAGACCCAGCGCCCAAACCGCCCAGACCUCCCUCGUCAGAAACACGCCGCAGCCGGUCCAGCGGUGGGCGCCGCUCCCUGUCACGCCUCCUGGGCCGCUGCGCUGAGAGUGAGGAGGAGGAGGAGCAGCAGACGGCUCAGCAUCAGGAGCAGCAGGAGCAACAGAAGCAACGCCGACAACAGUUGGCAAGCCACAGACUGUCAGGCGUGCCCGCCGAGCUGCCAGACUCACCGGAGCUGAGCGUCGACAAGAUCAAGCUAGUGGGCUUCAAACGCUCCCACUCCUUCUGCGUGCAGCCCAAGAAGAGCAAGAACGUGAGCAGCCGCAGCAGCAGCAACACCCGCCCUGGGAAGGAGAACGGCCCGUGGCCCUAUGAGUCCCAGACGCUGAAGACUUCCCGCGAGGUGAAGAUGGAGCGGGAGCGGCUGCGGCAGGCCCGCGGCGAGACGCUGUGGGCCGAUAAGGACGACGUGUUCUCCUCCUUCAUUCGGCAAAACCAGGAGCGCUUCAACACGCUACUGGAGGAGCGGGGCUUCACUCACAUCCCGCCGCCUGCUGGCUUCGGCGCCCCGACGCGGCCCUCCUCCCUGCUGGCCGCACUGUCCUGCGGCCCCACCAGCCUGGACGAGGGCUCGCUAUCAGGGGCAGCUCGCCGCCGGACCACCUACACUAUCCGGCGGUCCGCCACAGCGGGCUUCACCACUACCACCACCACCACCACCUCCACUACCACCAACACCAAGGAGAACGGGAAUGCGGAGCCCGAGGGAGUGGCGGAUGGCGAGGACUCCCCGCAGCACUCCGCUGUCAAGGAGAAGGAUGAGGAGGAAGAGGAGGAGCCUUGGUGUGACCUGCCGUCCUCGCCGCUCAGCCCGCCCUCGCCCUUCCACCACCCCUUCUUCCGCCACCAGCUGGGCCUGCCCACGCCCGUGGCGGAUCCCUGGGCGAGGUUUUCGGGCUUUGGAAUGCCACGACUGCCGCAGGUCCUCCUGGCGCACGCCCAAGCGCAGCAGGAGGCGGCCGCCGCCAGGAAGGAGGAAUGGAACAGAGCGCGGGAGGAGGAAGGCUCAGCGGGAGAGGACGAGGAAGAGGAUGGUGAGGAGCAAGUGAGGCGGAGGCACCCCUUGUCACGGGGGGCGGGACGCGGUCAGUACUGCGUCACGUCGCGGCACAGCGUCGUCAGGUACUGCUCGUCCACCAACUCAUACAAAGUGUGCACGGAAGCCAAGUAUAUAAACGACUCCUUCGGUGACGGGGUGAGUGAAUCUGAGAGCGAGGAUGAGGAAGAUAUCUCGCCAGCGCCCGUGUCCGCCCCCGCCCCUACGCCCACCCGCCAGCGCCCCGCCACGCCCUCCCGGACAUCACGCCCCCACUCCCCGCUCUCUGACAUGGACACGGAGUCUAAGAGAAAUUCACAGGCUGUGAGCACCGAACCUUCAGACUUGGAGGACCACAGCUCAGUCACCACCAGCGACAUUGAGUGCCCUGAGCCUCCAGUGGUGGACUCCCGCAAGGACAAGGCGUACAGAAUCGCCCUUGAACUCCUGCACACUGAGAGGACGUAUGUGAAGGUCCUGCAUCUCAUAGACCAGGAGUUCCAGUUUCGCGUGGACAACGAGAACCGCGCCCACCACAUGUUCCCGCCAGACGUCAUUCUUCACAUGUUCUCCAAUAUCAAGUCCAUUUAUAAGCUGCACCACGACUUCCUCCUCCCGCAGCUUGAGGAGCGGAUGGCACAGUGGGAGCAUAACAGGAGGAUAGGUGACAUCAUGAAGAACUUUGCCCCGUUCCUCAAGAUGUACACAGAAUAUGUACGUAACUUUGACAACGCCAUGACACUCAUCAACCAGUGGCAGGCCAAGUGUCCUCGCUUCGCUGCCAUCAUGGACGACAUUCAUUCCAUGGAGGUGUGUGGGAAUCUGACGCUACAGCACCACAUGCUCUCCCCUGUGCAGCGCAUCCCUCGCUACGAGAUGCUGCUGAGGGACUACCUGAAGAAGCUGCCUGAGGACUCACCAGACUGCCACGAUACAGAGAAGGCUCUGCAUCUCGUCUCCACGGCAGCUAACCACGCCAAUGACGCCAUGAAGAAGAUAGACAAGUUUGAGAAGCUCCUCGAGAUCCAGGAGAGUCUAGGAGGAGCAGAAGACCUUGUGUCUCCCACCAGGGAACUUAUUAAAGAAGGGAAGAUUAUUAAGAUUUCAGCCAGAUCAGGGGACCAUCAAGAAAGAUAUAUAUUUUUACUGACGGAUCUCCUGCUGCUGUGUUCCCCCAAGCUGAUGAGUGGCCGGGUGAUGAGUGGCCCUCAGUAUCGCCUGCGGGCAAAGUAUCAUGUAGAAAAUUUAAUCAUCCAAGAGGGAGACAACUUAGAGACAGCAAAUACUUUCUAUAUAAAAGACAACAACAAAUCAGUGGAACUCUACACACAGACCAUAGAGGAGAAGGAGCAGUGGCUGGAUGCAUUUAUACGCGCAAUACAUGAGACGUCACAGCGGAAAUCUUCCCUCAAGCUGCACUUCAACCCAAACCAGCGAGUCAUAGACGUCGACCUCGGCCAGAAGCAGCCGAUGCUUAUUCGGUCCGACUCGGUGACCAAGUGCAUGGAGUGCGGCAGCCAGUUCACCAUGGUGCGCCGCAAGCACCACUGCCGGGCGUGUGGCGCGGUGGUGUGCAGUAAAUGUUCCAGUUUCAAGGCGUCUCUUGCCUACGAGUGUGGCAAGAGUGUGCGGGUGUGUCGGACGUGUCAUGCCACGCUGCAGGAACUGUCCUCCUCCACGGCCACACCUUCCCCGGAGAUAGACGAUGGGGAUGAGUGCUCCGUGUACAGUGCCAAAGAUCAGCUUGACUUACCCUUUCGCAACAGAGGAGUGCUUGAGGUGUCGGCCAAGACGAGUGGGGCAGUCAUGCAAGGCUUCCUUCAGCUCAAAACUCACCGCAAGACUUGGGUCAAGAGAUGGUUUGCUUUACACACAGACUUUGUCCUUUACUCCUUCAAGUGUGAGGCUGAUGACCAGGCACUGACAGCCACACCAGUGCCGGGAUUCACAGUGACACACCUCCAGGGCACGAGGAAUGAGAGUGGAAUUAGUGACAAGGAGAAAGAGAGAGCAUUUAAGCUACAUCAUGCCAAAAAGCAAUACAUAUUCCAGGCAGCUUCUAAAGAUGAAUCUCAAAGGUGGGUGGCAGCCUUGAAAAAAGCAUCCCAGGCAGAGCUCCCCUCCCCGGUUCAAUGACGAGAGCGGCAAGUGAUCGAGGCUCUUAUCACAAGUCUGUGAGAACAACUACUGUAAAAGAAACAACUACAACUCUACAUACAUACAUGAACACACCAACACAACCGCACACACUCUUACCCAAUUUGGACGUGGCGACAGGACUUGCUGUGGUAUAUUUCUUCUUCAUCUGCUCAGCCAUUGGUUUAGGAAGCCGGUGGGUGGUACCUGAACAGUCUGCUGUGAGUCAUAAUCUUAACACAUUGCCUCUCCAUCAUCAGUUUUCAACAGUUACUUGUUACUUAUGUAUGUUUUUUUGGGCUUCUGAUUCUAUGUAUAUAACAUUUUCAUCAGUGUUAUAUAAAUUAUUGUUAAAGCAAAAAAUUGUGUUUAUGUAUAUCUGGAGUAAGUUGAUACAAAUUUAUGGUGUAGUAUACCACAUCAAUGUGUAUCUGUUUUAUUGCUUUGAUGUUGCAUGAGAAAAUUACUUUUUUCUAUCUUAAAAACUGUAUGUUUUGUAUGUUUCACAGAAACAUUGAUUCCUGUAAGUUUCUUUACCAAUAUGAAAUCUUCAGUCAUUGCUUUAAUCAACUCAUGUUCUGUCAAUUGAUUCAAUGGGUGUUCCGUACAAGUCACCUGUGGUCUUUAGGUUUGGCGACAGAGUGUGCAGUGCAGCGUGGUGAUGGAAAGGUAGUUGUGUCCCAGUGUUGUGUUGCUUCACGACAGACAGGCGUCAGUGGCAGGCAUCUGCGUGGGUUGAGAUUCCAGAUUUGAAACAAGAGCAAUAAGUAGUUCAAAAGUGUACAUAAAUCAUAAAUAAUAGGAAUUGAAGGUGAGUGAGAAGAAAUAUAGUGUGUCAGGUUCUGGUAACCAAUGGAGAAAAAAUUAAACAAUAAAACACGCACUUAAAAACGUCCAACCACAAAACGCACAGAUGAUGUGACGUCCAGAAUUAGAAGCUUAAGAUAAAGACUCAUGAUUCAGUAUUAUUGUUAAUGUAAUUGGCAUAUCACAAUGUAAGCUGUCUCUUUUGUUUGUGGUACAGUGCAAUACUAUUUAUGAUCAGAGGUGCUGCUUUUUGGGAGGAGAUUAUUAAAUGAUAUUCCCUGAAAUCAGCUUCACAUCAGAUAACACUGAGCUACAGUUAUGCUUUACCAUGUUAACCUAAUGUUAUUAGUUGGAGUUCACAGUGAAGGUGUGAUCAAGAUGUUAUACUUUAGAUAUAAGGCAAGGAGCUGCAUUGCUUGGGCCAGAAGUUAUGCUCAUGUCAUCUUUGGCUACAUGUUAGUGGGUGACUUGGAGUAGUUCUGAUCUGUUUCAAUAUGAUGCAGAGAGCUGAAGGAGGUAUCAGGUAGAAACGGUCAGGAGUUGAAUGAUACAAUGCUUUUAACAACAUCACAGAGAAGGAACUGAUAGAGAGAGGUUUGCAUCAGAUUUAGUAAAGCAUAAUAUCAUUAAGUGUGAGAGGGUAGCUGUGAGGUACUGGUAGGAAGGGGCUUUGGGCUUUAUGCAGAGAAAUGGCAUUCCUCAUUUCUAAGUUUCUUCUUCAUUAAAAAUGCAUUUAAUCUAACUGAUGGACAUACUGUUGGAUAAUACUGAAUAAUGCUGUAGUGCUUGUUAGUGUCUGGAAGUGAUUGUUGCUGACUCAUCACAAAAUACAUAUGUCUUUUUUUAAUCAAAAUCUGUGAAGGGAUUUCAAGUGUUGGUUGGGUUAUACUAUAAAUGCUGAUGAAAUUGGCUGUCCUCCCAUCAAGACAGAGGAAAGGUAUCGACAUGCUAGAUUCUCUCUGUGUAAAAGAGAAUAGCAUGUAUGAUAACCAUUAUGUAUUUUGUUCUUCCUUGGCAAACAUAAACUUACAAACCAAACCUUAAAAUUAGUAAAUGCAUGCACUUCAUAUGUGGGACUUGAAUUUUACUGUAUUACACCACUAAAUAUUUAAAGGACUUUAUCACUUUUUUUUUUCUUAUAUACAUAUAUAAUUAUUGCAUCAACCAAAGUUCAGGAAGUGAAGGGAUAAUUGCUAUUGAAGGUCACAUACAUCCUGAAAGUUCCCUUUCAGUUGCUAGGAAUAACACUCUCUAUUCAGGAGGCUCAGUGUUGGUCUGCAUUCAUACCUGAUAUUUCUGUUGACUGAGGCACUAAAUGUUUUGAUCUUCAACUUGGCUGGAUUAUAGAUAUUAGGACUGUUGAGAAGGUUUUGAUUUCCUCAAAGAAUUUGUUUGGUUUUGAUUUCAAGUGUCCAGUCAUUCUCUUCAAUGGGCCGCCGUGGUACAGUGGAACCAUGCGUGCUUUGGGAUCCUAGAGGUUUCCAAGCGCACGGGUUCAAAUCCUGUCCACGGUCUGAGUGUAGGUUGGGCUUCCUCACUCGGGGCAACGGUUUCCUAGCGGAUGGGCUUUAAGAUAGGAGGUACCCUAGGAAGUAUCCCCUUUAGCCCAUAAAUUCCCGUGAAAAGCCCACAUGGUAUAAAAAAAAAAAAAAAAAAAGUCAGACGAGCUAUUCUUGAAAGUAACAAUGCCAUCAUUUGGUUCAUAUUUACCUCUGGUACUGAUCAAGUUUAAGUGGAACUGUAAUUACUGUGAAUAGCUCACAUAUAAAGUGCAUGUUUAAAAGCCUUAAAAAAGUAAAAUUCACCAAUGCAUAUCAAAAGCAUAAAGAAAUAAAUAUAACUAAUCUUGUCUACAAACUGAAAUUUUCCAACACCACAGCUGAAAAAUAGUAUUCUUACUGUACUGUCACCAUUAUCUCACUCUCUUCCUGUCUCUGUAUAUUUCCAGCCCAUACCUCAGCUUGUAUACUUACUGGAUGUAUCAAAAAUAUUUAUUUUGUAUGAAAAUCAAAUUGGUAGCAUGGAAGGUGGAUAUGUAUAAACAAAUGUAUGUGUAAAUUAGAUUAGUAAAAACUGUAAAUUGCAGUGAAGGAUGUGGUAUAUACUAGUGGCUUCUACAGAAAUCAUGGUGUCCUUACAUCUAGUUACUGGAGACAAAUAUUCCUUUGUCACAGUUCCUUCCUUCCCUUGUUACCAGACUGUCAUCAUAGAAAAUUUUUAUUGUUUUGCACAGUGUAAUUGGGGAGGAAUAAUUUCACACAUGUAAUGUAAGAAGACCUCAUGUACUGAGGAACGGAGGCUUGUCCGAGGAGGUUUUGUCUGUCUUAUGACUUGUAGCAGCAGCAGCAGCAGCAGCUUCAUCACUCAGGUGUUGCACGUCCUUGCCGGGCGCUGCACCAAACUGACUUUCAUCUUUUUGCUUUUUGAAGCUUCAUUGUGCUUAACAUCACUUGUUUCAUGUUUUCAAUAAGACUGAAGAAAACUUAAGCUUAAGGAGAGUGUGUUCUUUUUUAUGAAAAGUGUCUCUACUGUCAUUGAACUCACUUUUUUUGUGGUUUUCAAGAAUUAUUCAGAUAACAGCAACAUUUCUAGGAGUAUGUAGGAUUUGAGUUGUUUAAAGCAAAACAAAUUGAUAGGUUGGGUGUGUGAGGUCACUGACUUGAGGCUCAGAUGGUGUUUGUCACACCAAGAAUUGCUCAUAAUGAACAAGCCUUGUUUGUUGGGUGUGAAUUGUUAAUGUGUGUGUGUGUGUGUGUGUGUGUGUAUGUGGUUGGGAUGUGGAUGGAAGAGUGGUGACUGAAAAGGAAGAAUUUUAUACUGUGCACCAAGCCGUGACCUCCUGAACCCAAUCUCUCAUUCUGUAUUAGUUGUCCUCACAGAAUGUGAUGGCUCGCUCACUAAGUCUUAGCUACUGUGCUUGUGUAUAAUGUACAGAAACCUUUUGAAUUUCUUCACCUGAUUCAAUUACAUGCACACCUUAUUCUUCUUUCAUUUGCUGUUAAACAGUAUAAUGACUGUGCUCAUUUACUAUUAAGACUGCACAGAUUGUUAGCAUUACAGAUUUUUCAGAAUAUAUUAUAUUGAACUGCAACAUUUUACAUCAUUAUAGAGAUGCAGUAUGCAGUAUUUUUUGUAUACAUGUAAUGUGCCACAUAUUUAUGUAAAAAAUCAACUUUCAUCUUUAAAAGUUAAAUUAAAUGUCUGGGACAAUAUUUAGUUUGAUAACUGGACAUUAUCAAAGCAAUUUUUAAUAGAAUCUCCUCUCCCUUGUAAUUACUGACAGGGAGUGACGGGUGCUCUGCUCUCAAGCUUUCCUCUCUCACCUUGUGUCUCUUGCUGGCUAAAUCUUGCACAUAUUUAUCUUGAAUCAAUGAGCAUCAACUUCUACAUUGUUGUGGUUGGUACACACUCGUCACUACUAAAGGAAGCACUUCUUGCCUCUUAAGUAACCCUCCACACUUAACUAAUUGUGCCAUGCAACAGUUGCAGUAUGAGUAAUUGAUAUCUUUUAUAUGUUAACUGUUAAACUUUCUGAUACAAAUUCAGAUUUCAGUAGAGCUUUCCACACUCUGUAUAUGAUGGUUCCUCCCACGGUCUCCAGGCCUUCUCUAGAAUAUUAUGUAUUGCAAGUUUAUGAUGAUUUGCAUGAGUUAAUGGUGCUAUUUUUUUGAAGAUUAGUAUAGGUGUAUUGCAUUAGCAAGGCACUGAGAAAUAAUAAUUGUUGAGAUGCAUGUAAAGUUAAUUUAAUAUGAUAAAUAUUCUGUAUAUAAGAAGAUAUUCUUACAUGUCACGCUAAGCAUCCUGUGCCCAAAAUUGUUAUAGAUGAUUGCAAAGGAUCACCCUCAACACCCUUGCUAGUCACCUCAGCAAACACAAAUGACAUCAUCCUUGUUACCGAAUUAGAAAGGAAGCAAAAGUUACACAUGAAAAAUAUGGUCAAUGAUGGAGGAAAAUGACACAAUUGUCACAGCUGUAUGUAUUUGCUGCUUCUAUCAGAGAGCAGUAGAUAUUUAUGUACAAUAUUUGGUUAUUAUAUAUUCUUUGUUAAAUAAAGAGAUUGUAACCA